UAAUUUUCAUUUAGUCUCUCUCUCUCUCUCUCUCUCUCUCUCUCUCUCUCUCCAUUUUUAACCUUCUCCCCUUCGGUAUUCCAUCAUCUUUUAUCUUUUUUUUCAUUACUUCUUUCCUCAAACUGUCUCUUAUUCCCUUUAUAUCACUCAACUCUGUCAAAACUUCUUUCCCUCUUUUCCAUCCAUUGUUCUAUCUCUAGUUUCUUUGUUUACGCUUCAUAUAACUUCUAAUCCUUCUAUCUAUCCACCCAUCGUCUGUUCACUGUGCAUUUUUCAUAUAUUUUCUUCAUGGAACUUCCACUAUUUCCCUUUCCUGUCUCUUAUUUCUUCAACAGCAAGUAUUUUUUUUCUAAUAUUUAUUUUUGUCGUUUUAGUUCAGUGCGCGUUUUAAGAUUUACCCAUUUUCUUUACUCAUGCAUUGCCUUGUACCUUUUACUAUUUUCUUGUCUAUCCAUUCAUCCCCAGAGAGAGAGAGAGAGAGAGAGAGAGAGAGAGAGAGAGAGAGAGAGAGAAAGCCCAGGUAGUUAAUGUAGACAGGUAUGAAAUAACGUCCCGGACACACCUGUAAUCAACACCACCAUCAGUCGCCAAAGAAAUCAACACCAUUAGUCACCACCAUAACAUUAACCACCACCAGAACCACCACCACCACCACCACAAUCGUCCCCCAUUCCAUUAUCAUCCCCACCAUUACUCUCAUCACCAUCACCUUCACCACCAUGAAAUUAGAAUCACCACCAUGACCACAGCCUUUCGAAAUACAAAUGAAGAAAUGUUGUUAGAAAUUUCAGCAACAACAAUAAAGUAACAGCAGCAACACAAUACCGACUAAUGCUUCAACUAUUACUACUUCUGUGGAUUCGGUAUAUGUCAACAUUUAUCAGUUCCACGUUCUUUAUAUUAUAUUUUGCCUAUUAUAUCAUCUACGAAAUUCAAGCAAGAAAAUCAUAUACAACAACAACAGCAGCAGGAACAAUAUUAACUGAUGCUUCUACUGGUUUCGAAAUACGUCAAAAUCUCAGUUCCACGUUUUCAUUUUUCACGUAUCAUAAAUAUAUAUACAACAAUAACUACUAAUGCUUUUACUAUUACUUUCCUGGAUUCGAGUUACGUCAAAAUUAAUCAGUUCCCCUUUUUUUUUCGAGCAUUAAAUGGCCAUCUAACACUAAAGGAGAUAGUAUGCAACGAAGCGAAGUAGUUUGAACCGUAUAUCUGAAGCUUCCACGAUUGAUAUUUCGAUUUAAUUCAGUCCUCCAUCUUUUCCUUUACAUUCUCUUUUCUCCUUCACACCUGAGCGGCAGCAUGAGCCAGGCAGGUAACGGACAGGUAAGGUAGGUAGGCGUGUUCUUGGUAACUACCCACACCUGUUGCUCUCCCUUCCUCCCUACCUUUCCCUCCCUAUCAGCAUAUCUAAGCCUAUUCCUCUUAUUUCUUUAUCCUCUAAAUUUUUAUCUUUAUGGCAAGUAUACCUGCCCCGUAGAUGUCCGCGUGUGUGUGUGUGUGUGUGUACGCCAAACCAGUUCACACUUUCAAGGCCGUUCUGGCGAGGCUACAAGGACAAGUGGGUAACCAACAGAGUAUUUUUUUUUCAUCUAUUCAUUCAUUUUCGUAUUGUAUCAUUCGUAAUUAUCAUGCCCAGAGUAUUGUCCAGACACGCAAUUUUGGAGCGAUAUACAGAACAAAUGUUUAGUGACAGAAAGUUGAAGUUCCCAUUAUUUUAUUCUAGCAAGAGCGUUGUGUAAUGACGGUGAAGAAAUAUCUACCGUGUUAAAAUUCCAAGUGAGAUAAAAAUCGUGUCUUAGAUACAUACUGAUUAUGGGUAAUACGUCUCUGAUAAGGGGAUUAAGAUUAAAGAAGAAAUAAUAAAGGAGAGGAGGCUAUAAUAUAAACCCUGGGAGACAUUAACAUUAAAAUCUAUCAUUCGCUGGCUACCAUUAUCCUAUUUUCCGAACCACUAAACAGCCGUCGUUACCACCACACUCACCACCACCAUCACACUAAACUCUCCCAAGCUCGCCCACGCUCGCUCUUGCCCAUUAUUCAUCUCGCCUCGCUCACACACUCACAUGACCCCCAUACGUUUCCUCCCGUGAUAUGCAGCCAACACAAAAAAGGAAUGAUAAGCAGCAACAAGAAAUAUAAUAAAGACUAUGGCAGGAUGUGACACACGCUAUUCCGGUGACUAGGAACGUGUUGGAGACGGAACACACACACACACACACACACGUCUUCAACCUUAAACUAGUAACAUGAAUUAUUCCCAGAAGCUUAAUUUUUCAUAACGUAGCCCACUAAUCACGAACAGAACCGGAACACUGUCUCAGCUACACAAAGACGCAUGAUAUCCACGACCUACUCAAGCGGAAACGUAUAUACGAAAGGAAGGACGAGACCGAUCCAAGUACUGAACACGUAUGGAAACAGAGUUGAGUAUUUGUGGAGGGAGAGAGAGCACCCAGUCAGUGUGGUGGCAGUGCUGGUGGCAACGAUUGUGUCUCGGUUACUUCCAGGCGGAUUUCGGGCUUCACAGAGGCUUCCAAACGCUGCCCUUCACACCCACGGCAGGAUGGCGGGGCCCAUGCCGCUGCAGGGUGACCGCUCCGCGUGGUGCCGCGAGAGGCUGGACUUCUUCUGCGCCGUCAUUAACAACGUGGACCGGGAGAGCCUGAAGGCGGAGUUAGAGGCGUGCGAGACGGAGGAGGACGCGGCGGGCCUCAUGCACAGCCUCCUGUGGCUUCAGGACAACACGGGCGUCCAGGCCACGGGCGGCGCCAUGGCUCUCGACCCCUCAGCCCCCAACGUGGAGGACGAGGCCUACCCCGAGGAGGUGCUGCCGUUCUUCGUAGCGGCCGAAGAUCCUCCCGCCUGCCAGCCCCAAUACCAACGCGUGGCGCACCAAGGCCUCCUCGCUGCCGCCCCGGAGCACUACGUCAUCUUCCAAGAGCCUCAGCAUCCUAGAGACCACGAGCCUCAGCAUCCUAGAGACCACGAGCCUCAGCAUCCUAGAGACCACGAGCCUCAGCAUCCUAGAGACCACGAGCCUCAGCAUCCUAGAGACCACGAGCCUCAGCAUCCUAGAGACCACGAGACACAGCAUCUUAGAGACCACGAGCCACAGCAUCCCAGGGACCACGAGCCACAAAAUCACGGGGAUCAAGAGCCACAUCAUCUCAGGGACCAUGAGCCUCAGCAUCUCAGAGAACAAGAGCCACAGCAUUUUAUAGACCAUGACUACGAGGGCCAUCACGAAUACCAGCAACUUAACAACCAACAGCUGCAGCAGCAGCAGGAGGAUGACAUUGAGGAUUACCAAGACCUUCCUCCUGAGGGCGAGGUUGAGUGCCACAUGCUCCAAGACGCGCCACGCCUUAACGACCACGACCUUCGUCCCCAGCAGGAGUACCGGCAGCAGCAAGAACGACAACAGGAGGAACACCACGAACAACAGCAGCAAGAACAAUACGAACAACAGGAACAGCAAGAGCAACAGCAGCACGAACAUCAUGAACAGUACGAGCAUCAGCAGGAGAGAGAGAUGGAGGAGGAGGCUGAGUUCAUCAUUGUAGAGCCGCAGCCACAACCUCCGCCCCAGGACGCCGCACCCGAGUCAGCCCUGGACCAUGACCUCGCCGGGGACCACGACCUUCACGACCCUCCAAGGCCUCAGGAGCUGCCAGAAGACCAUGCCGCCGACGACCCCCCCAGUAAUUCAGUAGAUGACGAUCACUUCGAGGAUAUACCCGAGGACCAGAUGUGGGGGGCACAGGCUGAGCCGCUUCCCCUUGACCAGCAGUCUGAAAACGUCCCUGACGCGGCGGGCAGCAGGGAGCGCGAGGGAGGCGGCGACGACGCAGCAUCCGUCGAGCCAAUCAGCGAGAAGUCUGAUCCUUACUUCGAUGCGGACGAGUCAGCAGCCGAUGACUUCGUGGACGUGGAGGAUGACUCGAUGAUUGCUUCUGCGGCUCAGCGACAAGACGAAGAGGCGGCGGCAGGGGGCCUCGACGUGGAUGGCGCUACGGGAGGAGGACCAGCGGAGGAGGACAAUAUGGAUGCUGAAAGGUUGACGGGGCAUGGCGAAGAGGCUGCUCCUGGAGGCCUCGACACAGGCGGCGUUGAAAUGGAAGGACUAGAAGAAAAAGAGGAGGAGGAGGAGGACACAAUGAAUGACGAGAGGUUAGCAAGACAGCUAUCGGAAGCUAUCAACGCGGAGGAGCUGGCGAGGAUGGAGAGGGAUGAGCAACUAGCGAGGGAGCUGGCGGAGGAGAUGGAGCGAGAGCAACAACAGCAGGAGGCGGAGGACGAGGAGCUGGCGAGGAGACUAGCGGAGGAGGAGUCGGAAGAAGAGAACCAACCGCGACGACGACGACAGGACAUCAACCCGCCGGUGGAGAUCAUCUUUGCGGAGGCACAAGACAACCCUCCACCUCCACCUCCGGCCGUAACGUUGGAGGCGGUUCCGCCGCUGGAAGUGGAGGGCGAUGCGGAGAUGGCGAGGCAACUGGAGGCCGAGCUGCAUGUGCGGGAGGAGGACGAGAAGGCCGAGAGGGUGGUGGCUCUCAUCAACAUGUUCCCGGACGCUGACCCCCACUACCUGACGGAGAGAAUGGAGGGCCAGGAGAGCGAGGAGGCCUUCCGUCAGGUGGUGGAGGCCAUGCUGUUGUGCCAGAGGACGGAGCCGCGCAUGUCGGGCUACCAAAAGCUCCUGAAGCAGACCAGCGCCGCCGCCCACCACGACCCCCACGACGACCAGGAACCCGCCCAAGCCAUCGCCCUCUCCUCCACCUCCGCCGCCGCCGCCGCCUCCAGGGGUCAAGUCUUCGAGUGCACCAUCUGCUUCGAGGAGGCGGUGCCGACGAAGGACAUGGGCACUUGCAACGCCCUCUACAGCUACCACGAGUUCUGCAUCGAGUGUAUUAGGAAACACGUCGCGGCGCUCAUCGGUCAAGGUCACUCCAGUUUCCGCUGCAUGAACGGUUACUGCGAGGCGGAGUUCUCGUGGCGUACCCUGCGGCGCGUGAUGGAGCCAGUGGUGUAUCGGAAGGUGCAGGAGCGGCGCCAGCAGGAGGAGGUGAUGGCGGCGGGCGUGGAGGACCUGGUGUCGUGCCCCUUCUGCUGCUUCAUGAUCAUUAUGCCCAACCCCGAGAACAAGGUCUUGGAGUGCCUCAACCCAGAGUGCCUGAAGGAGUCUUGUAGGGUAUGCAAGGAGACGUCCCACAUUCCCCUGCGCUGCGAGGAGGUCGAGAGGGAGACGCAGAAGGACGCGAGAACGAUGCUGGAGAACAGGAUGGCGGAGGCGAUGAUCAGGCAGUGUCCCAAGUGCGGCAAGCGGUUCGUGACGGAGGGCGGCUGCAACAAGAUGACCUGCUCGUGCGGCACCGUCAUGUGCUACCUGUGCAAGAAGGUGAUCACGGACGGGUACAACCACUUCGAGCAGCGCGGGGGCUUCGUAAGCAGCAAGUGUCCUUUGUGGAGCAACGCAACUGAGCUCCACACGGGGGAGGUGCGGCAGGCGGCGGCGGAGGGGCGGGAGGAGCUUCAGCCCGGCAUGACCCUGGUGCACGACCCGACGCGUGACUUGUUGUAGGGGGCGGGGAGGAGGGGAGAGGACGAUGCGAUGGUGAUGAGGCGAAGGAUGAGGAUGUAUCGAAGGUGAUGAUGUGUUGUAUGGAGCGAGGAAAAACAAAGAUGAUGAUGGGAAGGGGAUGAAGAAGGGGAAAGAGGUUACGGGGAGAGAAGGGAGAGGACGAUGCAAUGGUGAUGAGGCGAAGGAUGAGGACGUAUCGAAGGUGAUGAUGUGUUGUAUGGAGCGAGGAAGAGCAAAGAUGAUGAUGGGAAGGGGAUGAAGAAGGGGAAAGAGAUUAAGAAGGAAGAUGUAGUACGGGACGAGAACAAGGAAGAGGAGAUAAUGGAUUUUUUUUUUUUUUUUUUUUUUUUUUACAACAAAGGAGACAGCUCAAGGGCACAAAAAAAGGAAACAAUAAUAAAAAAAAAAGCCCGCUACUCGCUGCUCCUACAAAAAAAAAAAUCAAAAGAGGUGGCCGAAAGAGAGUUCAAUUUCGGGAGGAGAGGCGUCCUGAUUAGGGUGAGAAGAGAGGAUGAUGGAAGGUGACACAAGGAGGAGGGUGAGGAAGAGGUAACGUUAAAGUGAACGAGGAGGAGAAAAAAAAAGAAUGAUGGGAAGAAGGUGUUGUAGAGGAUGGGAACGAGGAUAAUAACUUGAAAGUGGUGUGCUGUAAAAAUGAGGAUGAGAAAAAGGAAAAAGGACAAUUGGAAGGACUAAUAGAAAAAAAAUAAGAGAUGAAGGAAUGGGAUGAAGAAGAGGAGGUUAAGGAAGAAGUGGAAAUAGUAGUAAUAAAUGCGGUAAAGCUAUAAAAAAAAGACAUAAUGUGAGGAAAAGUAGAAAUAGGACCUCUUUUUUAUAUGUGGGUGGUUGGUGGGUUGGCGGGUGUUUCCUGGCGAUGGUUAUAUAGUGAUUAGAGGGUCAAGGUCAUCAUGUAAGGUCAAGUCUAGGUCACAUUAGGUCAGUCAAAGGUCAUCCAACACUUCCAGUUCCGGGUUAUGAUAAUUUUGACCUGCAGUCUUAAUUAAUAAUCAAUAGUUCCUUGCAUACAGUAUUCACCUCUCUCUCUCUCUCUCUCUCUCUCUCUCUCUCUCUCUCUCUCUCUCUCUCUCUCACUACUUUUAAUAUUUUCUUUUUUACAUGCACUUUUCAUUUUCAUUGUUUUUUUUUAUAUUUUUUUUAUUAGUAUUAUUUUUUCUUUUCCCCAACAUACAAAUGAGCAUCUUCACUUCGCAGCAUCAUUCAUCUCCACUAGGCAUCUCAUUGCUACCUCGUUCGCUGUCUAUUUACGUGUGUGUGUGUGUGUGUGUGUGUGUGUGUGUGUGUGUGUGUGUGUUUUUCUAGACCAUAAUUUUGUACGUUGUUAUAUUUACUGUAUGUAUAUUUCUUUUUUCUGCUUAUUUUGUACAUUGUAAUUCUUUUUCUUACACUUUUGCCUCAGGUUCUUUUUUAUAAGCUCCAAAUGUCUGUGUUUCAUCAUCAUUAUCAUCAUUACCUUCAUUGUUGUUUUCAUUGUCACCACUGCCACCACCACCAUUAUUGUCAUCAUCAUCAUUAUUGUAGUCAUCACCAUCAUCACCACCACCACUCUCACUAUCACCACCUUUAAAUGCAAUGUUCUCUAUUACUUAUUAUAUUCUCAUCUUUUGAAUUUUGCUCCCUAAACUUGAUCUUAUAUUUCCCUUAUCACCUCUUAUUUCUCUUUGCUGUUAAUUAAUAUGUUGAAAUCAAGAGCUUGCGUAACUUUUUAUUUUUCUUCCGUAUUAUCUGUCGCAUAUACAUCGUUACCAUCACUAAGAAUACCUCAGUUGUUAUUAUUAUUAUUAUUAUUAUGUGUUUUCCUUACGCAGACCUUCCCUCUACUCAUUCCACGCCAGGGAACAAAAAUAACGAUGAUAAAUAAUGUGAUACGCAAAGUGCCAAAAUGAUUGCUCUCUCUCUCUCUCUCUCUCUCUCUCUCUCUCUCUCUCUCUCUCUCUCUCUCUCUCUCUCUCUCUCCUUAGCAUAUAGUCACAAACCGUUGACGACAAAAAAAAUAUACUAUUGGCUCUUCUUUGAUUCAAGUUGUGAUGUUAGAUCUCGAUUUGGGGAUAUACUUUGUCUUUUUAUUCUCUCAAGUUCUUCGUGAUGAUUACUUUCGUAUUUUGGGGGAUAUAAGAGUAGCAUAAUUGUAUGGUCGCAUGAAUACGUUUGUCGUCUGUAUAAUCAUCAGCGGAAGGUCUUGUGUGGGUUUUGGUCUCAAUAUUUUCAUGUGUUUACGUGUUGCUAUUCAAACACUCGACCAUGGAGGUAGAAUUGGUGGAGUCGACAUCAGCCCAAGUAAAUCCGCCCGAGCUGUCAUUUUUACGGCCAGGUGUCAGGUGUCGUCAGGUCAGGCUCCCACAUAAUGGGCUCGGCCAGGCUCACCCACCCCCAUCUUUUGGCCGUAAAUUUGACAGUUCGUCGGCUUCACCUCAAUGAAUGGGAUUAGCGGGCCGUGUCGACUCCACCCAUUCUACCUCCAUGCUCUCGACCCUCGGUUUCCCGGACCUCGAUUUCCCGGGUAUCAGAUUUCCGGGGGUGCGAGGGUCGUGUGUAAUCAAAUCCCAUAAAGGAGGAAUGCUUUGUGAUCCUUUGUAUGUAGCUGAGUACCUUAUCAGGGCUGUGUGUGAUACCUUUUGUUUAGUUGAAUGAGUCUGAGGAACAAACAUUAUUAUUAUCCUCAAUCAUGUAAGAUAAAAACAAUGGAUGUUGGGGGGGCUAAAUAUAUAUAAUCUAUGGUAGAACAUCGUUAUUUCAUUUUUUUAAGUAUGAAAAUAAACUGUGUAUAUCCUAAAUUUUAAGAAAAGAUGUAUGGAAGAUUAUUACCGUUAUAACUGCUUCUGGGUAAAAUGUAAAAUGUAUACGGGAGAACGCCAAUACAAAUACUAGUGAUAAUAAAUAACACUGUUUAUUUUAAGAGUCUGUGGGAGAACGUGGCCCUUGCUGUGAACCUUAAAUGUCUGUGAUAGAACACUUGCGCGCUCGCUCCGGCUUGAUUUUUUUUUUUUUUUUUUUUUUUUUUUUUUUAUUUAUUUAUUUUUUUUUUUCCCAACAUUGCAACCAUUUUUUUUUCCAACAUUGCAACCAUUUUUUUUUUCAGUUCCAUGUCAUUUUUUACAUUAUUACCUAUUAAGAGCGCCUGUUCAGUUUUUUUUUUUUUUUUUUUUUUUUUCCAAAGUGCUCAACUCUAUUACCUUAUUUUUUUUACGUAUUAACAUUGCCUUUCCAACUUUUAUUCCAAAGGUUCUCAGUUCCUUAUUAUUAUUUUGUAUUAACGCUGCCUGUCAAGCUUUUUUUCAUAGUACUAGAUUCCUUGUUACAUUUUAAUUUUUCUUAUAACAAUCGCCUUUUCAAACUUAUUUUCCCAAAGAGCUCACUCAGUUCCUUAUUACCAUUUUGUUUACUGUUUGCACCUCCACGCAUGUAUCACUGUUUUGGUGUAACGCGAUACUAUGUAGAUUGCUGUGAUUGUCAUUGAUGCUGCUGCUGUUUCCGUUGUUACUGUUGCUAUUGUGGUGUUGCUGUAUUUUGGUUCAGAAUAGUGACGGCAGCAACAACAACAGCAGCAGCAGCAACACCCACUAUUUGUAACAUGAACCAAUUGAAUUAAAUAAACCUGUAUUUUUA